AUGCAGAUGUAUGAUGCAUUUUCUUUAAUGUUUCAACUGGCUGAGAAAAUUAAUGUCUUCUGUGUUGGAAAUUGCACCGACAUUACAGCUCAGCUGAAACAGGUAUUCAGGUACUCUGAUUAUGGCUCAUACUAUGACAGUAGAGAACUGCAACCAGGUCUAAAAUAUCAUGUGUUUUGCAGGUUCUCCAGGAUGUGGCUACUGAUCAUUAUGGUGGUUGCGCAAGGAUAUGCGAAUCUAGGAGACAGCCAGACCAAAAUGAAUCCAGAACAAUUUAUGAAUGUGACUGAGAAGAUCCAGUACUGGGGAUAUCCUUGUGAAGAAUAUGAAGUACUCACACAUGACGGGUACUAUCUGAGCCUUAGCAGAAUUCCAGGAGGAACAAAGGCAGCUAUACUGCUGAUGCAUGGCCUGGUUACAGAUGGCAGUGUUUGGGUAGCAAAUCUGCCCAAUAAUAGCCUGGGCUUCUUCCUAGCAGAUGCUGGAUAUGAUGUGUGGAUUGGAAAUAGUAGAGGCAGUUCCUUGUCUAGAAGACACCAAUUCCUUACAAUUGAUGAACAGGAAUUUUGGGAUUUUAGUUUGCAUGAAAUGGGCAUUUAUGAUCUUUCAGCCAUGGCAGACUUUAUUCUGCAAAAAAGUGGACAGGAAAAAAUCUAUUAUGCUGGUCAUGCUGAGGGAGGCACCAUAGCUUUUGUGGCAUUUUCCGUGGUGCCUCUACUUGCCGAAAAAAUUAAGAUGUUUUUUGCCUUGGGACCGGCAUAUACAUUCACAUACAGCAAAAGCCCUCUUGUACAAAUAUUAAGGUUUCCAUCAGCAUUACUGAAGAUUAUAUUUGGCACGAAAGAAUUUUGUCUGUUGAGUCCAAGACUGAAAGCGUUUCUGGCCCGAAGAUGCAGUUACCAGCCAGUGGAUGUGCUUUGCAAACAAGUUCUUUUGUUUUUCAGUGGAUGUAAUGAAAAAAAUCUAAAUCAGAGCCGGACAGAUGUAUAUGUAUCAAUAUUCCCAGAUUAUACAUCUGUGAAAAAUAUUCUCCACUGGAGUCAGUUGACUAAAACAGGAGAAUUCAGAUACUUUGACUAUGGCUCAAGAAAUAUAGAAAAAUAUAACCAGACUGUUCCUCCUUUCUAUAGGAUAGAAGAGAUAACAGUGCCAAUAGCAUUGUGGAGUGGAGGACAGGACUUGGUUUGCCCGCCCCAGGAAAUCAUGCUAUUAAUGUCUCGAAUCACUAAUCUCAUUCAUUACAAACAUUUUCCAGACUGGAACCACUGGGACUUCAUUUGGGGACUAGACGCUGCUCAGCGUAUGUAUGUGGAAGUCCUUGGAUUGAUGGAGAAACAGCUGUGA